AUGUCAACUUUUCGUAUUACAGGAAUUUGUGGGUCAUUGAGAAAAGAAAGCGUCAAUAAAAAAUUGCUGUUACGUGCUCAACAAUUAUGUUUACAACAUUUACCUGAAGCUACAAUUGAUAUUGUUGAUUGGAGUCAAAUACCUGUUUAUAAUGGUGAUUUAGAAGCAAAUCCUCCAGAAUCUGUAUUGAAAUUUAAAGAUGAAAUUGCAGAUCGAGAUGCUGUAUUAUUUGCCACUCCAGCUGUCGCAAUAAUGGGAGCAGCACCUGGAGAUGGGCCUGGAGCUUCUGGUACUGGUCGUGCUCAACUUAUAUUGCGUCAAUCUUUUGUUUUUUUUGAUAUGGUGCCAGUUAAUCUACCAACUGUAAUGGUUACUGGAGCUUAUAAAGCAUUCAAAGAGGAUGGUAGUUUGAUUAACGAACGUAUUGAACAAAAUAUUGUCAAAGUGUUGAAAAAUCUUGUAAAAUUGGGUAAAAGUUUAAAAAAUGCAGAAUAA